AUGUUGUUCUUCGACUUUCUUCACGACAUAUUCACCCGUCAAAGAAAUAGCCACACCAGCUUCUCUGAACUUCCAGAUGAGAAGAGCUCUUCGCAUCAUAAUAGCCAUGUGUAUCAUGUCAACACCGAAGCCAAUUUCACUAGUGCUUUAGCUCCCAUUACGCGUGCAAGACCUAGUGCUAUCUAUGAUGGGGGCUACGGUGAACAAGCAGAGCGAAGGGGAGUGUGUUUACGCAUUGCCAACGGCGGCGCUGGCCAGACGGGACUCAUCGGAGCAUGGGCGGACGCUUUCAUCCGUUAUAUGGUUAGCAAAAAAGGUGUCGAACCUUUCCAAGUUGCUUGGUACCUCGGAGACACGACAGAAAGCCUCGCUUAUCUAGUAGCUGGCGACGUCGACAUUGCUGUUACGUAUAACCCUGCUGCGGAGUCGCAAGUAGUACGUUCGGGCGACGCAACGGAUAUUGCUUAUGUCUUUCGGGACCAUUUCAUGCUGGUAGGACCACCGUCUAAUCCAGCAGGCUUAAAUGACAGCGAUGACAUUCAAACGAUGUUCAGCAAAAUUGUUGCAAGUGGGAACGCUGAUAUAGCUGUCCCGCCGCGUUCGCGCCCUCCGACUCGUUUCCUUUCUCGCUAUGAUAAAAGUGCCACAAACAUCAAAGAAAGCUUGAUAUUUGCUACCAUUGGCCAGGUUCCUUGGGCGCUUGAUUAUUCAAAAUGGUACCAUCAGUACCCACGAUUUCCCAAAGAAUCACUCGAGGCAGCAGCUGACCUAUCUGAAUACACCCUCACCGACAAGGGAACGUGGCUAGAUGCCGCUCAAUGUGUGACAUCGCAGCUGAAAACUUUCAAAAUCGGAAGCGACAACGCCACUGACCUCCUCCUAAACCCCGCACACGCACUGGCAGGCAAACGGGUGUCUGCUGCAAAUAGUGACACAUGCAAAGCAUUUAUGAAAUGGGUCACCUCCGCUAACGGUGGACAAAAGGUCAUUGAACAGUUUGAAAAGCAUGGACAAGUGCUGUACUCGAAGGCACCAUGA